AGAAAAUAUUUUCAAAUUUUCUCGAAUAUUCUAGAGCCUAGCUCUCUGAAUAUAUAAGAGCCCGGUGUCGCUCACCAGAGUUAGUUUAAUUUGAACAGCGAAACGAGCGAUUUCAAAACGAAAAGAAGAGAAGUUAUCUGUGAGCCUUUAUUUAGAAGUAUCACGUGUGAGUAUUUUUAAUAGUGUGUUUAAUUAACUCUCGAUUUUGAAACGAAAUAGAAAAAAGUUAUUUGUGGGUUUUUAUCGUGAAAUUUCAAAUAAUACAAUGCCCAGACGUAAGAGAGGAGGAGAUUUGGCCAGUUCUGCAGCGAAACGGCGGAAACAAAAAGAAUCUCGAAGAAAGGAAAAGGAAGAAGAGCACGAAGCACGUUUACAGAAUCAACGGACCAGAAUGAGUAACCUGAGAAGCAGAAGAAGCGAAGAAAGAACAGCAAAUAAAAUUUUCGAGAUGCCUUUAAAUAAUGCAGAGAUAUGUAAAAAUUAUCGUAACCGAAAAAAAAAAGAUGCAACACUUAAAAAACAACUCACUCAAGGAAUUAAAUCAUCUGUGAAUGAAGUUUUGUAUACUCCAUCAACUUCGAAUUCGCGAAUGACGCUUGAACCAUUGCCUCAGCCUGUUACUACAGAAUUGAGAGUCAAAGAAGAAGUUAUUGAGAAUGACGAAAAUGAACGAAUUAAAAUCGAAGAAGCAUUGCACACAGAAUUAAUAAUCAAGGAAGAAAAUGAUGGUGAUAGCCAACAAGAAAAUGAUUUUUGUAAUGAGGAAACAUUAUUUGAAAUGAAUUCAAAAAAUGAUGGAUUCUGUGACAACGUUAUUGAAAAUGAACGAAUUAAAAUCGAACAACAAUUUUCUGACAAAAUAAAUGAAAGAGUUGGACAGGAGCUACACUCAGAAUUAAUCGUAAACUACGAAAAUUAUGAUGAAAUGUUUAAUGGAACUGAAACCGCUUCAAAUAAUCAACAAAUAUAUGGAUUAAAAUCUACAUCACUUGGUGCCGCUAGAAAGUUUGGCCAUUGCUAUUGGCCAAAUAAACCAAUUAUUGGAAUCCGCAUCUGGGGUGAUUUUUGA